AUGGACCGAGAUCGCGACGGUCGCAUUUCCGCAACAGAGCUCGCAUCAGUCCUGGAGAGCCUGGGAGAGGAGCGAGUGGAGGAAACAGUUCAAGCUAUGAUGAGCCAAGCCGACACUGACGGUGACGGCUACGUCGAUUUUGACGAAUUCAUCCGCGUUAGUAGCCACUCUUCAUGGACGUCGUCUCUUUUUGAGGCGUCUCCCAAAUCGACAUUAUCCGCGUCCCUCGCGUCCGAUUGCGAAUCAGCGGCUGAAGCGUUCUGCUGCAGAGGGUCCGACGGUCCGUCGAUCGACGACCUUGCAGCGGCUUUCGAGUUGUUCGACCGGAAUAAGGACGGCUUUAUCACAGCGGAGGAGUUAAGCGAAGUGAUGGGGGGGAUCUGGGAGGACGAGGACAUGUCGCUGGAAGAAUGCGAGAGAAUGAUCCGGAGCGUCGAUCUUGAUGGCGAUGGACGGCUGUGCUUCAGCGAGUUUGUGGAUAUGAUGCUGGCGUCAGGGUCGUGGCCGCAAGCCGAGCUGUCGCCAUGCCAAACGGAGCAACGGAACGGGGGCCCACCGGGGGAUCCGCGGAGGCGGAGUCGGAGAGCGGAGGGGGAACCAGGCACGCGGAGAGGCGGAAGCGGAGGGCCAGGCGGAGGGGAACCUGGCACGCGGAGAGGCGGAAGCGGAGGGUUAGGAGGAUGGGAUACUGGCACGCGGAGAGGCGGAGGCGGUGGGCCAGGCGGAGGGGAAUCAGGCACGCGGAGAGGCGGAAGCGGAGGCGGAGAAGCAGGGAGAACGGGCAGCAGUAACAGAGGCGGCUUUAGCGCCAGCGGUGGGGGCCCGAAAAUCGAAGCUCCAGGGUUCAAGGGAUCUGGGUGGGGUGGCACGGGAUCAGGCUCGGUUUUCGGAAAGGGGUUCGGGCAAACAGGUCCGGGGACGUCCGGAAGCAGUUCUGGUCCCGGCGAGCCCGGCGCGCCGCUUCCACGUUGGCAGAAACGUCAGAUAGUAGGCGGCCCGGACGACGACAUAGACGCCAUGCUGGCCGAUCCCGAGCGAUUCGAGCGGUGGCAAACGUCCCGGGAAUUACGGGGGAUACAAUUGGCAGGGGAGGAUCCUGAUGAUCGGCAGUGGGAAGAUUGGAUAGAUGAUCCGUCGGAGUAUGAUUAUGAGAAUGGUGGGUGGUAUGAGCCUCAGCCGGACUGGGAGAAGGGCGGGAUGCCGCGAGAGGCGCCGGAUAUCCCGGAGAGAGGCAUGAGCCGGUCGUUUAAGGAGCUGCUGCUGCGGAUCUUUAAGCCGCAGGACGAGGUGGAGGAGAGCUUGACGUUCGAGGAAAGGGUGUUCCGAUACACGUCUCAGACCACGGCCAAGUUUGUCAUUUUCCUCAUUGCGGUGCCAUGGGCGUGCAGCUGGGUACUGCAUGACUACAUCCUCACGCCCUUCAUGCACCACUAUGCACACACCACCCCUUUGGUAGCGCGCAUGCUGGACUUAAGGGAGGAGCAGAAGCUCAACAUGAUUGAGCGCCUCAAGCUCGAGAGGCAGCGCAUUCGCUUCGAGGCGGACAUUGGGAAGGCGCCUCCACUGUCUGAAGACGGAUUGGCGGCCUACCUGCAGGAGGAAGCGCGUGAGAUGCGGGAGGAGAUUCGGCACGAGAACGAGGCCGCUUUCGCAUACAUCUUCUCAGACACAGUGGGGUGGCUCAUAUUCGCAUUCAUCCUGUACGCAAAUCCAAGCCAAGUGGGCAUCAUGAAACUCACGGGCGAUCGCAUCUUCACGAAUAUUUCAGAUACGGGCAAGGCGUUUGUCAUCAUCCUCUGCUCUGACAUCUUCCUGGGGUACCACUCAGAGUCGGGCUGGGAGACGGUGGUGGAGAUGUUUCUGGAUCACUACGGGCUCGUGGCGGAUCAGAAUUCAAUCUACAUCUUUGUGGCCAUCGUGCCCGUCACCAUCGACUCUUUUUUCAAGCUCUGGCUGCAUGUGGCCAUCGUGCCCGUCACCAUCGACUCCUUCAAGCUUUGGGUGUUGAAGUACCUCGUGCGGCUCUCUCUCUCUGCUGCUCAUACCCUUUCUUUCCUUGCUCUUCUGUUUCCAAUCCAAACCUCAACCCACCAGGUGUUCAAGUACCUCGUGCGUCUCUCCCCCUCUGCUGCUGCCACUUUCCGCGAAAUGAAGCGACACUAG